UACUGAGUGCGUGUGCUCUCGCUCUUUUCUGCCAGUGUAUGACUGAAGGAGACGGUGAUGGUUGCACUCGCGGGUUUAUGAGUCUUGACAGAAUGGAUAGAUUACUGGGCAAUAUUGGGACCCAAAGAGUUUUUAGUAACAACUUUCAAGUAGUAUAUCCUGAAGUUGGCUUCACAUGCAGUGGCAGUAUUCGCAGCUGGGUGUUUGGAGCCCAGUGGGAAGGAGGAGAGAGCUUCUUCACAGAGCUACAGAUAUGGAGACCUACGGGAAAUGGAGUCUACACUAAAGUUGGAUACACUACAAUCAUUGUAAAUGAGCCAGCAGCACUCUAUGAGUAUCCCCUCUCCCUUCCCCUGGCCUUCCAAGCUGGGGAUGUUCUGGGAUACUACCAGCCUGAGCCUUCUCUGAGUCAAUUGAAUCUGCUGUUUAUAGAAGAUGGAAGAGAGAAUCAACUUGGAUACGUGUAUUUCACAACUGGUCCAGCCAAUUCGCUGAAUAUCAGUUCAGGAUUUAGGUCUAUUGCGUUUCAGUUGUUUGUCAACGUAGUCACAGUAAAGUCUGGAGACAUUCUUGGAAUAUUCUUACCUCGACAUGUCUCCUCCAGACUUCGUCUCUUGUCUGAGAAUACUAACAGUCCCACUCAGUAUUAUCAGUUCACUGAUGACUUUGCCACAGUAUCACCUCACAAUAUGUUUGACAUAGGAAACCAGUUUGUGAUAACAUCAUCCUACCAUCCAUUGGUGUCUGUGGAGUUUGUGAGAAAUCCUACCUCAUCAGUCAUGAUUCUACCAUCACCUAUUAUUAUAGGCCAAAGCACUGUUGAGUCAGGUGUGUUACAUAUUUUCCUGCUGAAACUAAAACUAACACUCACAAAACCCACAGCACCCACACAGACAGGUACAACAGGAAGCGGUGGUGCUCCUUCUUCAAUCUCAAGUCUUACACCCACGGCACCCACAGUGGCAAGUACAACAGGAAGUGGUGUUCCUUCUUCAGCCCUGACCAUUGCUACACCCACAAAAUCCACUGCUGCCACAGAGUCUGGUACAACAGGAAGUGAAGUGUAUAUUUUUGUAGGAGUGAGUGGUUUGGUUGUGGUGCUGAUAGCUGCAAGUCUCAUCAUCAUCUCUGUGACUGUGUGUCUCAGACAAAGGUCAAAGAAGAAGCUACUAAUCAAUACUGAAAAUGUUGCCUAUGGUAUGGGUCUGGAAUUGAAAGACAACGUUGCCUACACCUCCACAGCCACUGGGGGUGGGACUAAGGAUGAUGAGGGAAACUAUGACUAUGUCUCAAGGGAUGAAGUAACUGCUACCUCCAGCGAUCUCUCUAUGUCAGCCAACCAGGCAUAUGGACUGGUGCAGAGCUAG